GCAAGGGGCAAUCAUUCAUAUUCGAACGAACGCUGGCUGCGACGCAGAAAGCAGCGGGAGUGGACCCCGAUCAGGUGCACUAAGUGACUACAUUGUAACCACUACUUAAGUAUGAGCCCGACCACCAGUCGUGGCCCCGACGGAGCGCUGAGCGUAACGCCGCGCCGCAGCAAUGCCUCGUUCUUGGACGGAUUGAACACUCCGCCCAGUUCCCACGGCAAGUCGAGUGUGCACUUCGCGGACGAGGAAGCGUCUUACGCAUCGCAGUCGUCCAACCUCCUGUCGCCGCGCGGCGUACGCUCCAGCGACGUGGAACUAACGACGCCCAAGACGCCCGAAGAAGAGGAGGAGACCGGUAGCCAAAACGGUUUCUCGCUGCCCACGCUUACUCAGGCUCAGAGUAACAGCAACGCCCACAAGAACUACCAGCAGUACGCGCAACACCAGCUGCAGUUGCCACAACUGUCGCCCCACACGCGCAGUACCGGCAAGGCGAGCAGCCUAGGCAUGCCGCCCAAACGUAGUCGAACCUAUGUGCAGCAGCUGUCGAAGGAGUCCGCCAGGGAACUGGCCAAGACGGCGUUCAGUAUGCGCUCCACCUCAGUCGGAGACUUCACGUUCGAGAACCCGCACGAGGUUGUGGGCAGCAGUCUGCGUGAGAGUAUUCGUCGUGUCACGGCCUUCUCGAGACGAGAAGCCCCGCUGGACACGGAGCUCAACACCGUCGUGCGGGUCAAUCAUUACGUCCGCAAAUGCGAGCUGAGACUCGACCCGGAGACCAUUACGUGGUCCCGAGGCAAGAAGACGCUCGGUGUCCUACCGACUGACGACGUGGUGGGCGCCGAGGUUCUUGCCAAGAAGAAGGCCGACACAUUCCGUGUUCACUACUUUAAAAAGGGUCGCGGCACUGGAGCCAAGGCGCUGCGACGCACUCCCAAGUUCGUGGACUUCCACUGCCUCGAGACCGACGUAGUGGACAGUUGGGUCGGCGCCAUCCAGGAGCUCGUGCGGUGGCAAGCUCGUGCUCCGCCUAUUUCCGAAAAAAGGCUCCUGAAGGUGGUGGUGAACCCGCACUCGGGGAAACGACAAGCUCGCCGCAUUUGGCAAGACGAAGUGAAGCCAUAUCUGGAUUUGGGUAACUUUAAUUGCGUUGUGGAGGAAACGACCCAUUCUGGCCAUGGCACCGAAAUGGGCAAGAGUUACUCGCCCGACGAUGGCUUCGAGGCUCUCGUGUUCAUUGGAGGAGACGGCACGCUGUGUGAGUUCAUGAACGGCCUACUCACUCGUCCGGAGCACGAAUGGCGCGAAAUUGUGGCCUCGACGCCCAUCUCGCUCAUUUCUGCCGGUACGCAGAACGCCUUCGGUACAGGAGCAGGAAUCCCCACGGUCAACGCAGCUCUGUACUGCAUCUUGAAGCGCAAAAUGCGCCCUCUAGAUGUGGUCACGGCCGUGUCCGCUGCCUACCCGGAGGUGGUGCACUACAGCUACUGCGGUCUUGGCUGGGGCGUGGCGGGCGACAUCGCUGCCGAGUCGGAACGGUACCGUUGGAUGGGUACACUCCGAUAUGCCUUCUUGAAGGUGAAGCGUACCGUCGUGUUGCCAAAGAAACACAGUGGCCGUGUCCGGUAUGUGUUGACGGAGCCGCAGCCGCCUCUUCUCCGGUACGACGAUUAUCCGGAUGCCGCGUACGAUAUGGAUCGCUUCAGUCAGCAGCGCAAGUCGUGGGGAGGCAUCGCCGGCAGCAUUUCCAGCCCUGCCAGUCGCAAGAGAUACCCCGAGUUCCUGUGGAAAGAGGACUGCAGCAACUACGUUGUGGUGGGCGUCGUCAACAUCACUCCUGAUGGCGCCUACUCGCACCCGUCGGACGGCAAUCUGGACCUCAUUCUCACCCGUAAGGGCGGAUUGCUGGCUGUAGCCAAGCUGUUCGGACUGUCAAAGCCGUGGAGAUCGAACCCGACCAACCCGACGACUGCAUGA